AUCCAGUCAUUGCAUGUGUACACAACUACAUCCGUGUCCUGCCAGCCAAUCUGCUUUCUCAACUGGAAUCAAGGUUGUUCGUGAAAUCUAUUCUCUCCGUCCUAUCCUUCGUAAGGAGCAAUUGUUUUCUUUUACGACGUACAUUUAAGCCGUAUUUACCAAACAUUUAUAUUGGAAAGAUGCAAGGAAACCGGGGCCCCCGUGGUGAACAUCAGAAUCAUGGCCCAUCUAGACACCAGAUGGAGAAUCAGAAAACUGGACCCAACAGCAAUGGACAGCAUACAGAUGAGCAGGAGAGUCCAAAUGCAGGGAUAACCAUAGAUCUACAGAACUUCAGGAAACCUGGAGAGAAGACAUACACUCAGCGUAGCCGUUUGUUUGUGGGAAAUUUACCUACUGGUGUCACAGAGGUGGAAGUGGAGAAGUUGUUUUCCAAGUAUGGCAAGGCAGCUGAGAUUUUCAUCAACAAGGACAGAGGGUUUGGAUUCAUUAGACUGGAGACCAAAACCGUGGCUGAGAUUGCUAAAGCUGAGCUUGAUGACACCUUAUUCAGGGGCAGACAGUUGCGUGUGCGAUUUGCAACGCAUGGUGCUGCUCUAACUGUGAGGAAUUUACCACAGUUCAUUUCCAAUGAGCUCCUGGAAGAGGCUUUUUCCAUCUUUGGCCAGAUUGAAAGAGCUAUAGUUAUAGUGGAUGAUAGAGGGAGACCCACAGGAAAAGGCAUAGUGGAAUACACAGCCAAGCCUGCUGCAAGGAAGGCACUGGAUCGCUGUGCAGAUGGAUCCUUUCUAUUGACCGCAUUUCCCAGGCCAGUGACAGUCGAGCCGAUGGAGCAGUUUGAUGAGGAUGAGGGACUGCCAGAGAGGAUUAUAAAUAAAAAUCAUGUUUAUCAAAAGGAGCGGGAGCAGCCGCCAAGGUUUGCUCAGCCGGGAACAUUUGAGUAUGAGUAUGCCAUGCGCUGGAAGGCCCUGAUGGAGAUGGAGAAGCAACAGUAUGAGCAGGUUGACAGGAACAUUAAAGAAGCUCAGGAGAAGCUAGAGCAAGAGAUGGAGGCAGCCAGACAUGAGCACCAGGUUAUCCUGAUGAGACAAGACCUGCUGCGGCGUCAGGAGGAGCUGAGGAGAAUGGAGGAACUCCAUAACCAAGAGAUGCAGAAAAGGAAGCAGAUGGAGCUGCGUCAGGAAGAGGAGCGUCGGAGGAGGGAGGAGGAGAUGAGGAUGCAUAGCGAGGAGAUGAUGAGGCGGCAGCAGGAGGGCUUCAAGGGGAACUUCCCUGGAAGUCGGGAACAGGAGAUGCGGAUGCACAUGCAAGGUCAAGGAAUGACUAGAAACUCAAUGAGUGGUCCUGAAGGAAAUUCCAGUGGGCCCAGCACUGGACCUGCCAACAUGCCUGCUGAGAACCCACCUUUAAUGCAGGGGGCAGGGAACAACAUGCCUGGUGGAGGCCAGCCUGGCUUCCCAAGAGGCCCUGGCCAAGGCCCUGCUGACUUUGGUGCCAACAAGCGUCGCAGAUUCUAAAAUGGUCAAUUCAACUUUUUUUUUUCUUCAGACUGUACUAUAUUUUAAAUUCAUACAUGAAAUAUUAAAUUUUAUGUAUUGUGAAAAUUG